AUGAGUGACGGUCUGACCCGACUGACCGGUCUGACAGCUCUUCUGAAAUCUGAGCCCCUCUACAUACUACCGCCUUACUGUGGAGCUAGUAGUACUAUAGUAGGCGCUGCGAGAGCAAAUGAGAUUGUAAAUACGGAUGUAUUACAGAGUUACUCUAGUAUCACUGUAUUAGACCACAAUCCACAUACACACUUACACAGCACUCAGCACUCAGCACUCAGCACUCAGCACUCAGCACUCAGCACUCAGCACUCAGCACUCAGCGUCCCUCGGGACUGGUUCUGGAGGAGUGGGGUAGUGGAGGAUCAGGAAGAGUACAUGGAGGAUCAGGAAGAGUACAUGGAGGAUCAGGAAGAGUACAUGGAGGAUCAGGGAGAAGAAAAUAAAAAUCAUCCCUCUGUUGAGUGUUGUGGCCCGCCUCUGGGCCCUGGGGCCUGGGGUGGCUGGGGCCUGGCCCGCCUCGGCCCUGGGGCAGACUCUGGGGGUGAUCGAUGUUUACAGAGAGAGCGUAGGGUGUCGGGCCCGUCCUCCCCUCCAGAGUGUUCGCUCGAAACAUUUGGGCGUCUAUCACAUGAUUCCCAGAAGAAGGCCUAA